GCUGUUGCCGUGACUGUCUUCCUCAUUGGCGCGGGGUGGAGAGGCGGAAUGUUCAACUCCUGACUCCUGCGGAAGCGUGGGAGCCGCACGGGCCGCCGUCCUCUCGACCCCUGGUUGCCGCCCCUGCCCUCGCCGCGCGCGGGGCCUCGGCGCGCCUGGCUGCUGCUCGCGUCCGGCCCGGGAGCCAGAAUUUGUGGAAGUAUAAUACUUUGUCAUUAUGCGAUGUCGUCUCUCGGUACCUCCUUUGUGCAAAUUAAAUUUGAUGACUUGCAGUUUUUUGAAAACUGCGGUGGAGGAAGUUUUGGGAGUGUUUAUCGAGCCAAAUGGAUAUCACAGGACAAGGAGGUGGCUGUGAAGAAGCUGCUCAAAAUAGAGAAAGAGGCAGAAAUACUCAGUGUCCUCAGUCACAGAAACAUCAUCCAGUUUUAUGGAGUAAUUCUUGAACCUCCCAACUAUGGCAUCGUCACAGAAUAUGCCUCUCUGGGAUCACUGUAUGAUUACAUUAACAGUAACAGAAGUGAGGAGAUGGACAUGGAUCACAUUAUGACCUGGGCCACUGAUGUAGCCAAAGGAAUGCACUAUUUACAUAUGGAAGCUCCUGUCAAGGUGAUUCACAGAGAUCUCAAAUCAAGAAAUGUUGUCAUAGCUGCUGAUGGGGUAUUGAAGAUCUGCGAUUUUGGUGCCUCUCGGUUCCAUAACCACACAACACACAUGUCCUUGGUGGGAACGUUCCCGUGGAUGGCUCCAGAAGUUAUCCAAAGUCUCCCUGUAUCUGAAACUUGUGACACAUAUUCCUAUGGUGUGGUUCUCUGGGAGAUGCUAACAAGGGAGGUCCCCUUUAAAGGUUUGGAAGGAUUACAAGUAGCUUGGCUUGUAGUGGAAAAAAACGAGAGAUUAACCAUUCCAAGCAGUUGCCCCAGAAGUUUUGCUGAACUGUUACAUCAGUGUUGGGAAGCUGAUGCCAAGAAACGGCCCUCUUUCAAGCAAAUUAUUUCAAUUCUGGAAUCCAUGUCAAAUGACACUAACCUUCCUGACCAGUGUAACUCAUUCCUGCACAACAAGGCAGAGUGGAGGUGUGAAAUUGAAGCAACUCUCGAGAGGCUGAAGAAACUAGAACGUGAUCUCAGCUUUAAAGAGCAGGAACUCAAAGAACGAGAAAGACGUCUGAAGAUGUGGGAGCAGAAACUAACGGAGCAGUCCAACACCCCGCUUCUCUUGCCUCUUGCUGCAAGAAUGUCUGAGGAGUCUUACUUUGAAUCUAAAACAGAGGAGUCAAACAGUGCAGAGAUGUCAUGUCAGAUCACAGCAACAAGUAACGGGGAGGGCCAUGGCAUGAACCCAAGUCUGCAGGCCAUGAUGCUGAUGGGCUUUGGGGAUAUCUUCUCAAUGAACAAAGCAGGAGCUGUGCUGCAUUCUGGGAUGCAGAUAAACAUGCAAGCCAAGCAGAAUUCUUCCAAAACCACAUCUAAGAGAAAGGGGAAGAAGGUGAACUUGGCCCUGGGGUUCAGUGAUUUUGACCUGUCAGAAGGUGACGAUGAUGAUGAUGAUGGUGAUGAGGAGGAUAAUGACAUGGAUAAUAAUAGUGAAUGAAAGCGGAAAGCAAAGUAAUAAAGUUGAAAAAGUUUGGAAAAACAAAAGAAACUUGUUAUCUCAGUCUGUACAAAAACGUGUAAGGAGGUAGAAAACCAAGCAUUGCAUUUGUAGGCCAAGUACAUUUAUGACAGUCAUUACUGAUUUUACUUGUGAUUUGCUUUUGCUUACAGAAAAAUGGCGGGGGGAAGGGGGCGAUUGAGCCAAAAAGAUAUAUGAAUCAGCAAAUGUGGUGCCUGAUUAUAGAAAUUGGUGAUUCUAUAUACAAUAUAGUAUUUUUUAACUAAUGGUGUUCCGGCUUUUUCUUUAAUGAAUACCUUGAUAGCUUAUAUUUGAUUUGAUUUGAUUUCGUUUAUUCAGUUGCUUAAGAAAACUUACAUUUUGAACAAGCACUCUUAACUCCUAAUUCUUCUUUGACACUUGAUUUUCUUGUAACAUGCUACUUUUUUUUUUUCUUGUGGCAAUACACUGUACUGUCAGAAAUAAUUGAUAGUGACUACAAAAGCCAACAUAAGAAAAGCAGGAUGAAAGAAGGUUAUAACAAAUACCUCUUCAGAAAUACCUAAAUGCCGAGAGUUUUCUAUACUUAAUAGCACAACUAUUCAAAGUAAGACGUGAGAGAUGUUCUCAAUAGUACAGUUGAAGGAGAAAUAGUCUAAUUUGAAAACAGCAGCAGAUGUCACAGGCUUCCGUACCAGUGCUAGCCCUGGAAGCUUCUUGACAGCAGCACACUGUCAUCGAAGGCUUACCUUUUCCUUUAUACAGAAAGAGAGAGAUGGACUUAAAGGGGUACUUCCAGGCAGCGUGAGUGUUGAGACGGGCCUUCUCUGCCCUUCAGGUAUGUGUGUUUGUUUUCCAGAGGGGCCGAUCAUCUCGGAUUUGAAAGACAUGUACAGAUUUUUUAAAGAAGGAAAUGUUACAAAAGGAAUGGCAAAGAUAAGUUUUCAUUACUUAGGCAAAAGUGUGAGAUGAAGGGUUCUUUUUAUGUCAGAUGUAGCCUUCCAGGGUUCUCUUUUUUGAACCCUGACUAAGUGAUGCCGGUGUUAAAGAGAAGUAGAUGAAGGAGCUGCUCUAAAAACCUGGGUAGCCAGAGAGAGAUUCUCCAAAUGUUAUCACUGACUUGUUAAAGCUUGUUUAAACUAUAAAACACCGUUAAAAAAAAAAAAAAGACAAACAAACGACAGAACAUUUUUAGUUAUAUUUAAAAAAGGCAAAAGAACAAAGGCUUUUUCAGCCUAAAUUGGAGGGAGAGCAGUGCUGUUCAUUUGACUAUUAAAUCAAAGCACUUCCGGUGAUUCUUUUUAUGGAAGAUUUAAGAAAGGAUAUCAUCAUAGAUAUUAUCUAAUACCAUUUCCAAGUAUGUUUGAUCAUAAAAAGCCUCUUGGAAUUUGAAGCUUGGCAUGCUUCUAAUCCCCAUUAAAAGCUGAAAAAUACUACAAAAUGAUCGGUACAUUUUUCCAGCUUUAUUUGGAGAAAAAUAAUGAAUAAAAUGUUCUGGGUGUGAGAUGUAGAACAGCCUAUGUGAGUAGAGUGAUAAAGAGGGAUCUGAAAUCAGAUCAUGAUUCAAAGCCCUGGGUCUACGUACUGUACAAUCUUGGGCAAAUUAUUUAACCUCUAUGUGUCUGUUUGCUCUUUAACAUGGGAAUGAUAAUAGUAUCUACUUUAAAGGAUUGUUGUGAGGAUUAUUAUUAUUACUAUUAUUAUUAUUAUUUACGCGUAAAGCACUUAAGUACCAGGUCUAUGGUAAAUGGUCAGUUAAUAUUAUCUACUGUAAUUAUGUCAGUGAAAAGGCACUGAAAACAAAGUGGUUUCGAUAACCUUCUAGAAAACUAACCUAUAGACUUCAACUGAUAUUUUGUUAGUAUGGGAUCAAUUUAAAAGUGAAUCAUUUUCAGGAAAGAAUUUGAACCAUAGAUUUUUUUCUGUUGCUCUUUGAAGCUACCACCCACAGGCAAAGUAAACACAGAAAGAGGAGGUGAGCCUCCUGCCUAGAAAAUGGGUUCCCCACUUACCCCAUCCGAUACGUAGAUACAGAUACACGCACACCACAAUAUGGUGCUGGUGACAAGUCGGCACGCACUUAAAUAAGCAUGCUGACUGUGCUCCCUGACUCAAGAUAAGCCACUCUAGCAGAAAAUCUUGGAGUGGAGCAGAGGGGAGGGUUCUCAACUUUUGACUUCCCAGCAUGCCCUGGGACACUAUGGCUCAGCAACCUGAAGAGGGAGCCAAAGAGCAUAGUUGAAAAGCCUCUUGCUAUAAGGGUGCUAAAUAGUAACGGGAAAAAAAAUACAAAAAAAUUAAAAAUAAAUUUUUUUUAAAAGGCCUCUUGCACAUUUUACCAGGCAGAGAUAAAGUCAUUCAUAACACAGAUAUUCAUUGAGCCCCUUCUUUGUGCCAGGUACUAUUCUAGGCAACAGCAAGACAAAAAUAUUUGUACUUGCGGACCUUACAUGCUAGAGAGGGGAGAUCAACAAUAAAUAAAACUAAUGUAUAAUGUAGUAUGAAAACAUUUGAUAAGCACCUGCUGAGAAAUGAAGCAGGAAAGGAGGAUAGGGUACAUGGGGAUUGUUGAGGUGCUUUCCUGUGUGGUCAGGAAAGGCCUCACUGACAAGGGCAUCUCUGGGCUGCUUCUGGGAUCUGUGCCCUUUAUGGAAGAAUGUAAACCUUGCCCAUCAUUUAGGGAUAAUCAGCAAUAAAUUUAGAACAUAUGAACUGAAUGAAACUGACUUUUUUCCUCUAUUUAUAAGUCUGUUAUGAUUAUACAUUGAGUUUUGCUGCAUUAAUAACAAGUCAAAUAGAGCCAAAAGAUAAAAGUAAUAGGACUCUUGUAUCCAGGCCCAGAAUUACCAAUAAUUAGGUAAUAUUUCUUUAAUCUUUCAGUUCCUGUUAUUUUCCACCAAUAUUCCAGAGAUGGUUAUAACUCAGUACUCCGCCGUCAAGAAACUGCUAGGAUUUAGGAUAUAGCAGAUUGAUAACCUCAGCGAUAAGCUUGGAAUUGUUCUCUGCUGAGAAUUAGGCUAUAGGUCCUUACCAUAUGGCCCUGGCUAUUUCACUCUUUGUUCCAAAUCAGCAUCUUUCUAAGGGUUUGAACACCCCUGAAACCUGCAUCAUAUAAACUGAAUUUUAACUUGGUCUCACUCUGUGAAGAUGAGAAGACUUUAAAAGAAAUGGUUAUCGGCCAUAUGCAUAAUCUCUAAAGCUGAAGUUAAUUGUGCAGCUUGUAAUUCACUUUUCAGAUCAGUUUUUGAAAUGGCAAAUUAUCGAUGCUGAAUUUAUCUCCAAUUAUUUGAUUUACAAAAAGAGACAUUUAUAAGAGAAGAGAAAUAAAAAGAGAAAUUCAAAGACUCGAAAUGAGAAUUGAAGUUCUGAAGUGUAGCCAUAAUUGUCAGAGCCGCGCAACUGAAAAUACACUCGUCUCUCAGCUCCCUCCCUUUGCUCCUAGAGGCAGCUACAUAGAAUCUGAUGGCACCCAGCUAAGAGCUCUCACCAGAGGCAGGGGUGGCACCUCAUGGCAUUCGGGAGCGCUAGCCGUAGAUUUGCUUGUUGUGGUGACUAGGGGGGUAUUUAGCGCCCAGUGCCAAAAAUGGUAACACCCCAAAUGCCAGGGACAGUUGCACCCCAUAAAGAAUUCCAUCCAAAAUACCCAUUUUCCCUUCCUCCACGGAGAAACUUGCUAAUAAAUCUGGUAGUUUCAGAGUUCCGUAUCUAACUUCCCCCGAACCCAAACAGAAUCACCCACGUCAAAAGAUGCAUUUGCAGAAUUACGACAACUACACAGUCUGAUCUUUGUAGGUCUGUGGCAUUUAUCUUAAAUCCCCCACUUGUGGAAACGGUUUCUAUCCCUGUGGCAAUGCUGGUGGAAACUUUAUGAAACAGCUCAGUUUACUCUCCUGUUACACGAAGCCACACUAAUAAAAAAACAAAAACAUUGUCUAGGCUACAGUUCUGCGGCGUAGCCAGGUUUAUUUAAAAGGGCUCUUUUCCUGACAAUUUUUUUUUUAUUUUUAUUUUUUAGUAAGGUCACAAUUUAAUAUUUUACAUGAGUAACCGAUGGGAAGAGGUUGCAGGCACCUCUUGUUUCUGAUGUUGUGGAACUGCUGAAGGCCGUUUUUUCGCCCAUGAUUUUUAACAUGAUCCCCAUUAAAAUCAAGGAAUUGGGGGUGGGGGCAGGGGCAAGGUUUGGGAGUGAUCCAGAACGAUUUCUGUAGCACUAUGAGGUAUAUAACUUUAUUUUUAGAAUUUUCAUUGGAGUGGUAAGAAUUUCAUGAAAGAUCAUUUAAAACUUAUUCUGAGUUAAAUAUUGAUACUUUAAUUUUUUUUUUUUUGAUACACUAAACUUGUUACAGCCUUUUGCAAUUAGCAGUCUCACCAAACCACAUAUAUAACAGAGCAUAAUUUUUCUAUAAUCAGGUACCUUUUGCUGCUUUUGAGUAAGACUUUUCCAGCUUAACUUUUAAGCACUGUCAGAGCGAAGACUCUGGUCUGUUCUUUUGACUGUAGCAUAGCCUGCCACCUAUAGAUGCACCAUUUCUGUGAUGAAAAAUGAGUGUCUACCAGGAAUCUGGAGGACUAGCUACGUUUCCUCCGAUUCUGACUUACUCUGCACUCUAUUGCCUGUGACGAGCUUUCUGGCAUGUGAUUAUUUACUUCAAAUUAGAGUUUCAAACACCUACAUUAAUUAUUUUACAUCGUGUGUAGGAUAAUACAUCUUUUAAUGUCAGAUACAAUACAAUGCACAUAUUGCUUUUACACUGUUUUAAAUUUUUUGUACUAAAUAAUAGAAAAUAUUUAUACUCUUUGAGUGUGAGCUUUGAAUAGAUGGCAUUAUCACUUUAUUGUUUUUUUAACAAAUUUUUUUCUCAAUUAUUCUAUUGCAAUGUUACUCUGAGCAAGUUCUAUGCCAAAAUCUUGUGUAUUGUUUGUAUGGAAGAUUACCUGUGUGGUAAGACUACUCAGUUAUUGACUUCAUAGUUGGAAUUUGAUAUUCCAGCACAAAGUCCACAAUGUAUUCAAAAUCCAAGUUGGUGUCAUAAAUUUCAUUUUGAUGUGAACUUUGCUUUCCUUUGUUUUAAGACUCCAUUUUACAAUAAACGUUUUAACAGUAAA